AUGCCAAGCAAGCAAGCCAAUUUGGUCUUUCGAAGCAAGAGGUCAAGUGGGAGGUCAACCUGGAGGAUGGUUGGAGCUCCGGACAAGUGCGACGACGACCAGAAAGAGCUACUCGAGAUCCCUCAGCAGGAGCUACUGCAGUCUUUAGCAAGACUGCACGAGUCUUCCGAGUAUUCAGAUCUCACCAUAGAGGCUGGUGAUCGAUCGUACCAAGUCCAUCGGAGCAUUAUCCGCCCACGAUGCUCCUUCCCGUUGUUUGAGUCGAAGGACGACGAUGGACGAGAAUGGGUAGACCUAACCGAGGAAGAUCCUAUCGCGGCUCCCCAAGAGCCGACAGCCGCUAUUGAUUCGGAGGUACGUGCGGAGGAGGAUGUCAUUGUCAUUUCUCAGAGGGAUACCGAUCCGUUGCCGUGCGAAGUGGCAUCGGGGGACCGAGAAAAUGUGCAAGUCCUCGAUGGCACGAGCAUGAAGUUGAAGAAGAAGAAGAAGAAAGUAAGCCGGGUUUAUUCUGAGGAAAACCAGAAGGCCCGGGAACCCGACGAAGAUCGGGUGGCGAAUCUGCUCAUCCACGUUCGCAUGUACAUGAUUAGUGGCAAGUAUGGGAUCAAGGGGCUCCAGCACCUCGCCAAGGUGCGCUUCGCUAAAGAGGCCUCUACCUGUGUCGAGCUCCCGGGUUCCUAG